CGAAAUUUGUAAAUGUACAGUCCAAAUUACUCGAAUGGAGAUUUUAAUGGACCUUUAGGAGCUAUUCCCUAAUAACCUGGAUAAUUGAUACAAAAUGUUAAUUUUACUACUAAAAAGGAUUAUGCUACUUGGACUUAGGAUGUUCCUCCAUAAAGGUAUAUUAAAUAAAUAUAACUAAUUAUUUAGACCAAAAUCAAGAGAAAUGGAAUUAAUGGAUUUAUUACUUGUUAACAAUAUAUCUAAAAAAUAAACAAGUCUUCCUUAUAUUAAUUAAAACAGAUCUCCUAAACCUGAAAUUAUUUAAUCUUCUAGAGUUCCUGUACCUAUGCAUCCAUAAUAUCAUCAUUUAAGUCCUUAUCCUAUACCUCCAGGAUUUCCUAUGAAUAGUAUUAUUAUUAUUAAAGUUUUAGUGAAUCGAAAUUAGUAAUUCCAGUAUUUUCCUUAAACAAAUCCAUUGAAUUAAAUAGUACACUUUAUAAUAUUAAUAUAGUAAGACCCAUAUUCCCCAAUAAUAAAUGAUACAUUCAAAUAGAAAUUCAGAAUAAACUUUAGAAUAUUUGAAGGAAAUGAUUAAGAAAUAAAAUGAAUUUUAAUAAAGAUAAGAAAAACUAGAAUAAUAAUUAAAGAAAUUAAGAAAAAAGAAAUCUUAUAAAAAAAUAGAACAUAGUGAAAUAUCUUUCAAAUAAUAAAAAAUUUUCGAAAUACCUCCUCCUAUUUAUCCAAUUGAAUAACCUAAAAUAAAAACUUUUAGAUAGGGAGAGAAGAAAAUAAAAAAAUUAAAUUAUUAAAUAAAUAUGCUUAAGGAGCUUGUAUUUUAAUUGAAUAAUUAUAAUAGUAAUCAAUUAAAAAUAUUAAUAAUGGAAUAAUUGAAAGUGAUAGUUAAUAAUCCAGUGAACCUAGUGUAGAAUAUGUCUAAAAAACAAGAAAGUAAAGAUUAAAACCUAUUCCAAUUCCACCUUAUUAUGAUUUAACUAUAGAUGAAUAAAAAAUUAAAGAUCUUAUCAAAUAAUGCUACAACUACAAAAUAAAAAGAAUUUUUAUAAUGUUUUCUUAUUUAGUUUUCAAAAAGAAUGAAUUAAUCAAAGUUGCAUCAUAAAAAAGAAAUAUUUCAAAAGAUAAAGUUCCAUAAUUAGAACAUGAAUAUAAAAUGGAAAUGAUGAGAUUUUCAGUUACUGUUAGUGAUAUUUUAGUAUAAAAAAUGGCUUAAUAAAACAUUAAUUUAAGAGUAGUUGAAACUCAAGAAAAGAAAGUUACUCCUAAAGCACUGAUCUAAAACUCUAAUAAUUUAAAAUAAUAUAUUUCUGAAGUAUUUUAAGCAGUUUUAAAUUACAAUUUUUAAAAAAGCUCUUUGGAAUAUAUUAGUAAAUUAACAUAAGAUUAUGAAUUUCUAUAAUAAAAUUAUCAUUCAAAAUUUGAAUUAAGUAGAUUAUAAUUUGGAUUAUCAGGAUCACUUAAAGGUAUGAAACCUGGAAUUCAAAAUAUGAUGUUAAUUAUUAAUUUUUGGAUUAGAUUUUUUCUGCCUCUAAGUUUUCCUUAAACAUAAAAGAAUAUUAAAGAUAUAAAUGAAGUUAUGUAAACAAAUUUGAAAACAAUUGUAUCAGCAUUAUAUCAAAUAGCUUUAUAAGCUUGCAAAAAUCUUGCUUAACCUUUUCCAAAUAAUACGAAAGAGAUUCCAGUAGAAAAUAUUACAAAAGAAAAAUAACCAUUUUUAAUAAAACUAGACUAAUUCAAGGAAACAUAAGAAGAGAUAACUUUAUUAGCUAGAUCUUAAUAGGAAAAAUUGGAAGAACCUUUAAUGCAUCCAGUUUAUACAUUAAGAGAAAUGGACAAAUUGUAAAUAUUAUAAUUUUAUAUGUAGUUUUGAUAAUGAAAGAUCUUUUAUUAGUGAUAAAAUUUAAUAAUUAAUUAAUUGGUGUAAUGCAAUAAUAGAAUUAGUUAAUGAUUUAAAAUAAAAUGAGAAAUAAGAGCUAUAAAAUUAAAAAAAACAAUAUUUGGAAUAAUUAAAUUAAAAAGUAAUUGAACCAAAGAAGAAAUAAAUGACAUAAAUAAUAAAGGAUUAAAAAUCUAUAUAUUAAAAAAAUAUUUCAGAAAUAAAAUUACUAAAAUAAAAGAUAUAGGAGGAGAAAGAAAAGAAUGAGAAAAUGAAAAAAGAAUAUGAAGAGGCAGUCAAAAAACAUGAAGAAAGAUAAGAAAAAUUGAUUUAAUUAGGUGUGUAAUGA